AUGACUAUGACCAAAGAACAAGAGUCAAUUAUUAAUAAUAAUGUAGAAGAUGAUGAUGAUUAUGAUGAAUCCCAAGAUGAAGAUUUUGAUCCAUCUAAAAAACAUGAAGAACAGGAGGAUAUAAGUGAAGAUGAAGCUGAUAAUAAAAAUAUACCAGAUUAUUCAAAGAUAGAAUCAACCACCUCUCAAGUCAAAACUAGAUCACAAAGAUUGAAUAUAAAAGAAUCAAAAAGAUCUAAAUUUAUCGGAAAUCAUAUAUUAGAUUCACGUGGAUUAGUCAAAGAAACAAAUUCUAUUGAUAUUGAUUCAAUAUUUAAUGAUCUAAAGAAUAAUACAAUACAAUACAAAGAAGAGUCGAGUAUAAAGCUACCUGAGAAGAAAGGAGAAGUUGCAGAUGUAGAAGAAGUCAAUACUGGUUCCAAAAAGAUUAAAAUUCAAAUAAAUUAUACUUUUGCAGGUAAAUUAAUCACUGAAUCGAAAUAUGUCGAUGAAAAUUCAGAAGAAGCUAAAGCUUACUUGAAUUCGACUAGUUCAAUAACGUCAACUAAUGAAGGUAUGCCAUUUAAACGAUCCCAGGUGGAAAUAAUACGACCAAAUCCAUUAAAUCCAGAAGAGAAAUUAAAUCUAAGGAUUAAAUUAAAGAGACCUAGUCUAAUUGACAAGUUUAUAUUAUUGAAUAAUAAUAAAAAGAUGAAGUUAUCUACAUUGGAGAAAUCAAGGUUAGAUUGGGCUAGUUUUAUAGAUAAACGUGACAUUGGAGAUGAGUUGAAAAAACAUAAUAAAGGUGGUUAUUUAGAUAAACAAGCUUUUCUUCAACGUUCAGAAUAUAGAAAAGAUGAAUUGUAUAAACUUGCAAAAGAUGAAGAAAUGAAAAGGAAGCAGUUAAAUAAUAUAUAG